UCCCUGACGGCAUGGAUGCAACGGAGCCUGACAACACCUUUUGGAUGGAAUGGAGGGAUGUCUUGACAACCUUUGUUGGCGGUGGUGUGUGUCACGUCAAGCGCAACUGGUACGACUACCGCAUUCGUGGCGAUUUUAACGAUGGCUAUCCGACUGUGUGUCUUGGAAUAAACGUUUCAGAUCCCGUGGAUGCGUACAUUGUUCUCUCUCAGGAGGAUGAACGUGAUGGCGAUGAUCUUGAAUACGCAGCGAUGCUCAUCAGUGUCUCCCGUCAUGGUGGCAAGCAUGAAAAGAUGGAUCGCACAAGCAGCUUGGAUGUGGAGAUGCCCGGAUGCGAGCUUAAAUUCAACUUUGCCCGCGACGUUGCGAUGCGCUACACGUUUGAGCCGGAGGGGAACCCGUACUUUGUCAUCCCCCGUGUCCACGACAACUCCAUCUCCAAGCCCUAUGUUCUCGGCUUGCUGAUGGACACGUACGCUGGAAAUGGCAUCCGGGUGGAGUUCAAGGGCAUCGACAGGGAGUGCAGGGUGUUCCAGAACAUGCCUACCUUCUCGGUGAAGGGCAUGACGCGGGAUGUGAGCACGGAGUAUCAGAUCCGCAACCCGCGGCAGCCGUCGGAAUGUGUGGGGGCGGAGCUGAAGGAUGAACGGCUGAAGGAGUUUGGUGUCUACGAAAAUUAG